CAGGGCAUGGAUUGCUGUGGGGCCCUUUUCCUCUGCCUGUGCCUUCUGGCUUUUCAGAAUGGGAAAGCAGAGACAUCAGAAGAACUCCUGCAAUGGAUGGUGAAAAUGGAGGGGACCAAGAGCCGGAGGCUGCCCUCUCCUGCUCAGCAGGUUCACAUCCUGGAGCAGAUGCUGCUGAACACCAGCUUCCAGGGCUACAGCCUGACCUUGCGGACACGCACCAUCCAGUCUCUGGCCUUCAAGCUGGGAUGCGACUUCACUGGCCUCUCACUGAGUAGUGGCAUUCUGGAGCAGGUGCCCCAGGCCAUGGCCCGGCACGCCAUGCAGUUCCCUGCUGAGCUGACCCAGGAUGCCUGCAGGACCCGUCCCAGGGAGCUGCGGCUCAUCUGCGUCUACUUCGUCACCACCGACUUUUUCCAGGAUGAUGACAACUCAUCUCUGCUCAACAACCAUGUCCUGGGGGCCCAGCUGAGCCACGGACACGUGAACAACCUCAGGGAGCCUGUCAACAUUAGCUUCUGGCACAACCAAAGCCUGGAAGGCUACACAAUGACCUGUGUCUUCUGGAAGGAGGGAGCCAGCAAGCACUACUGGGGGACCUGGAGCCCUGAAGGCUGUCACACAGAACAACCCUCACCUUCCCAGGUGCUCUGCCGCUGUGACCACCUCACCUAUUUUGCUGUUCUCAUGCAAAUAUCUGCAGCCCCAGUCCCUGCAGAGUUGCUGGUGCCUCUCACCUACAUCUCCCUGGUGGGCUGCAGCAUCUCCAUCGUGGCCUCGCUGCUCACCGUCCUGCUGCACUUCCUUCCCAGGAAGCAGAGUGACUCCAUGACACGCAUCCACAUGAACCUGCACGCCUCCGUGCUACUCCUGAAUAUCUCCUUCCUGCUGAGCCCCGUGCUGGCCAUGUCCCCUGUGCUGGGGUCAGCGUGCACAGCACUGGCCGCCACCCUACACUAUGCGCUGCUCAGCUCCCUCACCUGGAUGGCCAUUGAAGGUUUCAACCUCUACCUCCUCCUGGGGCGCGUCUACAACAUCUACAUCCGCAGAUAUGUGCUCAAGCUCUGCGUGCUGGGCUGGGGGGUCCCAGCCCUCUUGGUGCUGUUCCUUCUCACUGUCAAGAGCUCAGUGUAUGGACCCCGUGUGAUCUCCCUCUCCGACAGCCAGGAAAAUGGCACAGGCUUCCAGAACAUGUCCGUAUGCUGGGUGCGGAGCCCUGUGGUGCACCAUGUCCUUGUCAUGGGCUAUGGUGGCCUCACGUCCCUUUUCAACCUGGUGGUGCUGGCCUGGGCACUGAGGGCUCUGCGCAGGCUGCGGGCACGGGAGAAGGUGCCAGGCGCCCGGGCCUGCCGGGACACUGUCACUGUGCUGGGCCUCACUGUGCUGCUGGGCACCACCUGGGCCUUGGCCUUCUUCUCCUUCGGCAUCUUCCUGCUGCCCCAGCUCUUCCUCUUCACCAUCUUCAACUCGCUGUACGGUUUCUUCCUCUUCCUGUGGUUCUGCUCACAGAAGUACCGCUCAGAGGCCCAGGCGGUGGCAGAGAUGGAGGCCUUCAGCUCCUCCCAGAUGAUGCAGUAGUCUGGGCCUUCUGGCCUGGAACCCCCUCAAGCCUCUCUGGCCACCUGCAGCCUGAGGCCCUAGCUCCCACCAGAGAAGGCGGAGGACUGCUGCUGGACACAGAGGCCAUCGUGCACCCCAGAGAGACUUUUCUACCUCCAUGGCCUUACCCAGCGCAGAGGCCAGGGUGUUACUCUGCCUCCUUGUGAUGUCCUGCUCUGGGGCAGGUCCAAACCCACCUGGAUGCAGCUAACUUUAUCUUGGUGCCUGGGCUCAGCACUGGCCUGGGGAGUCAGGAGGCCAUGUUUCAAGGCCUGGCUCUGAGUUACACUGUAUGACCUUGGACCUGUAAUUUCUCGCUGACCCUGGGUUUCCACAUCUGUGACAUGGGGGCAAGUGGCUCUGGUCCUGCCUAACCCAGGAGCUUUGUGAAGAUUGAAUAAGACUAAGAAGGAAGAGUGUCAAGGUGGGGUGGGAAUUCCUGUGACCUCCACCUGCCUGCUGCGGGCAGGAUCUCAACCAGUCUGCCCUGGAAGCCCCCGCUUGGCCCUGGCACUUCCCAUCUGGGGAGGGACAAAUGGCAUACCAGCCUGGCCCCCAGCCAGUGUCUGAGAUCUCACCAGCCUACGCCUCAGGCCUCUUUUCCUCUAUCUCCCCAAAUUAUGAUGACUCCAACUCCAAGCCCACCCUUCCCCCAAAUCAGGAAGUCCAGUCUUGCCCAGAGGCUUCAUAUCCACCACCAUCACCUC